AUGGCAUCUCAAAAUACCUCAGCCGGAGACUCUCAUUUCUCCUUCGCGAAGAUUGCUGCCAUGCCUGCACCCCCCACCCCCCACUCGCCCGUGGGAUCUAACGAGAGUGAUACCGCUCAGCCCGCCAAUGUCGCUGUCUAUGCUGAAACAUUAGAUUCCAGCGCUUUGGGUCCUGGUCCUCACAACCUCAACACCAUCAAUGAACAGAUCCCUCUCACUGGUCCCAGUGGCAACGAUCUGGCAAGAGCUGUGCAAGAAAUUGAUCUUAGCCAGCAUAAGGACCGUCAUGGAUCUGGAUCUUCAAGCGACGAUCAGGAGAAUGGCCUUCUAAAGCGUGAAAACUCCUUCGAUGAUGACCGUACUCAUCUCUCUACCUCCUCCACAAAAAUGACCAACUUCGACUCCAAGAGCUUGGCAUCGGUGACAACCUUCGCUAUGGAUGAGAAAGAUUCUGUUCGGCCCGACGACAGUGCCAGCGUGCAAGCUAUUGACGAAGAAGAGUCCCUGUCCGGAGCUGCUUCUGGUGCUCCAAACUCGGUGACGGGUUCGGAGGCCGGUGGACGUGUAUUCCGUGACCACUUCCGCGAUAACAUUGCUCUUCGUCCGCGUGGGAUUCUUCCUGCACCCGUCCCUGGCUUCAACGAUGGCAAUUCGCAAGGUGCCGUCGUUAUCCCUUCGGACUCGGUAGCGAACAACUUCGUGGUUCCGGUCAACCUUGAUAACCCGGCAAAUGCCCAGGGCCUCCAUUCAUUCCCUCUUCAUCCAGACGAGAAACUCAUUACGGCUAUGGAAAAUCCCAAAGAUCGACUCAUGGUCCUCACGAUAGAGGGAAAGGUCCGCGCAUUCAUUGAAUAUUCCAGUGAACAAUCCUUGGAGCUACCCCCCAACAAUUCAUAUGGCCGACUUCUCGCACAUAGACUGGGAGAUUACUACCAUUUGACCCAUUUCGUGGACAACAACGUGACUUCAGUGCGCCUCCACCGGACGCCUUUCUCCAGACUUCUUCGUGGCCUGCUAGACAAACUAACCUGCGUAGCCCCACUCCCCCUGUCCGAACUGUUUCCGGCUUCAAACGAAAAGCCAUCUCACCCUAUGCCGACGAAAAUCAUGCGUCGGGCAGAUGGACGGCCCUCCGCCGAAGGCAGUGUGGCAGCAAGUUCAUCGGUUCCAUCUAAGGCGGCGUCAGAGACUGAUGAUGCGGGACAAGAUGGAGACCGCACCGGUUCGGCAGGUUCAAUGUCUGCUAAGGACCGUAUGGCUAUGACCCGGGAAGAACGAGAAGCCAAAUAUGCAGAAGUGCGUGAGCGCAUCUUCCGUGACUUCCCCGAGACUGCCAAGUCAGAGGCUAGCGGCGACUCUACCACCAACAUGUCCCGCUCGAGCUCGACCACCGGACGCAAGAAGAACCAGAAGCAGCGUACUCCUCAUGAUGACGGCUUUGAAGCUCGCUCCCAAUUCAAUCCCUAUUACCCCGGGAUGCAGUACACCAACAACGGUUCCCAGGCUUACAAUCCGUCUGCAAACGAUGGCUCAUAUGCCCAUCAAGUUCCAUACAUGGUUGGACCGGGUGUAGCCCCACCUAGUGGUGGCUACAUGUCUUCUGGUCAGAACAACGCGAUGUACUCGGGGCAGGGAGCUAUGAACAACGUGCCGCAGUUUCCAGCAGCAAUGUCGCCGCAGAUGGGCUCCACUGCCCCGUGGCAAGGCUCAAACACACCCCAGCAAUCGCCAUUCCCUGGGUACUCUCCUAUGAAUCAGCCCGCCAUGAUGGGCCAGCCAGCAUCCACCAAAUCCUCGCCAGCUAUGAACAACUUCCCCACCCCUCAUUCGCCGCAAUUCCAGCAAGCCCCCGGUUGGAAUCAGGGCCCUUUUCCGGGAAACUUCCAGCAAUCUCCCAAUCAACGUCCCCAACAACACCCGGCACCUUGGUCGAACUAUCAGGCACAGCCCAUGCCCCCCAACAUGGCCACCUACUCUUAUGCUCAAUACCCAGGACAGCAUAUGAACUCCGGCCUUCACAAUGCUGGAAAUCCGGCGAUGGCAGGCAAUUUCGCCAGGUCCCACUUCAACCCUCAGACACGCUCAUUCGUUCCGGGGGUGCUGGGACCCAACGGCACCCGGGCAAAGGUGUUCCCAGAGUCUAUUGCCAACCACACCCUCGAUCACUCCCCGGCUGCCAGUGCAGCUCGCAUGCCAAGCACCGCCGCACAAACCUCUAUUGCUAAAUGGGGCACUCCCUCCCACCUGCCUCCCAAACCUCCUCCCUCCGAGGUCCCCUCUGGCUUUGAUCUGAAACAUCGUGCUGGAUCCACUAGCCUCCCCACUCCAGCAGUCGCGAGUAAUGGAAUUCCUAGUGUCGCCAAAAACGGGCCUCUGGUCGUGUCAGGAGGAACGACCACCUCGAAGAUGAACUAG